UUCUUGUUCAUCAUUUUCUCGCAUUUUUUGUUCUCUCACAAAAAGGUACUCACAGAAAGUGAACAUGCUCAUGGUGGAAAAAGGAACCAUUGAAAUCUGAAAGAAGAAGUAAAAACCAUUUUCACCUUAUUCUUUUUUUCUUCACUCUCUUUGUUUUCUUUCUUAUUCUCUCUCUCUCUCUCCAAUCUUCGAAUUUUUUUCUUCUCUUUUAUCAUCAGUGAAUACACUUUAUCAUUCUCAUCAUCAUCAUCUCUCUUUCUAUCCUAUUCUUAUAUAAUUGUGAUUGUCUAUCUCUCUCUCUCUCUCUCUCAAAUGUCUUUAUGUUUAUCGAAUUGCCUUUAUCUUUAAUUACUCAGCUGAUGAAUUAUUUUAACUUUCCACUCAACUCAACCUUCAUUAAUUGUCAUUAUAAUCAAACAAAGAUCGUCACUAAUUGUGGAUCUAACAAUCAAAGUUACUCUAAUUUCCCAUCAACACCACGUUACAUUAUUAACAACACGUUAACCUCACAAUCUCCGAUACCUUUUAUUGUGACUAUCAAUUUCCUCUGGUCAUUAUCUUACCUGUCUAAAAGUUUUCUCAAUCAAUUUGGUAAUUUAAUUGGACCACAAUCAUCACAACCAUCAUCAUCUCUGGACUUGGUUUGGUAAAGUGUCAAUUAUUGAAAGGAGUAUCAUGAUGAUUACCAUUAUUGGGAUAGGAAUAAAAAACCAAGUCAUCAAAUGUUUCAUCAAUUAUUUCAAUCAAUUUAAAAUGGGUGUAUCUCUCUUGUGGAUAAAUGAUACAUAUUAAUGAUCGAAAGCCUUGAUUCAGCUAUGCUGAUACGCCGAUUACAUCCAGUUAAUUGUUGUUGUUACCUUUGGUUAUUAUUAUUAUUACAAUUGUUUCUCAAUGUUACUCUUAUAUCAAGUGAUGAUCUCAUCUAUUCGGGUUCAGGAUGUUUCGAUGAUGAAGAAAAGUGUACAGGAUUUGUUGAAAUGGGAUCAGGAGAUGACUUGAUUACUCCGGUUUACAUUCCGCCCAAAAGUGGUCUAACCACGAGCCCAUCAUCAUCCUCAAUACCCUUAUCAACAUCUAAACCAUCAAAUCAAUUAACAACUCCAGUUUCCGAAGAGGUUGAUGAAGAAGAUGAAGAAUGUGUCGACGAAGAGGAAGAUUGUGUCGAUGGAUCAGGUUCAGGUGAACCCUCAUCAUCUUCCUCAUCCUCAUCUUCUCUUCCCUCUGUUAGUUCAUCUGAAAGAACAGUUGUAAUCACUUUAUCAUCUCCAUCACCUUUAUUUCCGUCAUCAUCAUCAUCAUCAUCCCCUCCCUUUUAUCCACUCUCAUCAACAACCGUUUCAACCACGACAAUUUGGACUCCAUGGACUGGACCAAAUUACAUAAGACCAUCUCCUUCACCCGAAGAACCAAUAAUCGAUUACGAGGAACCAGUACCACGAACUCCUCGUCCAAUGCCACCACCAUUAGCAAUUCCACCUCGACCUUAUCCAACAACUAAAUUAAGGUUACCCACUCGUCCAACUGGAACACCACCGAUAAUAAAUGUCCCCCUGCCCGUGAUACCAACCUCACCUGCAGAGGAAAAAGGGAAAACCAAACCAACCUUAAUAACCCAUAAAAGCUCAGCUGAUACAACGGCAAUGAUUAUUGGCCUAAUUGCUAUUGUUUUAAUUGUGAUUGUUAUAGUGACUCCAUUGUUUCUAUUUCUUAAGGUUCGAUAUCGAUCUGGACCAGCAUAUAAAACUGAAUCAACGAGUAAAAAUUUUCGCUUCCUUCCGGUUGCCACUGGGGCACCAACUUUGCUCACCUCAGCUUCACAAUCAACUCACCUUGCUGGUCCACUUUUAGAAGGGUCAACAGUAGUUCACAAAGGGACAAAGGUUACCACCAAUGGUAAAAAGAAAGACGGAAUGGAAUGGUAUGUUUAACGUGCAAUUGGACAAUUAAAUCAACAAUGAACAAUUUAACUUUUAAUCAAUCGAUUAAAAGAAAAGGAAAAAGGAAACAGCAUCAACAACAACAAUCAAUUUUAACUCACAAAUCAAAAGUGACAGUUAACACAAUUUUUUGAUAUUUGUUUAUUAUUUUCUAGUCUCAAAUCUAGUCAACAAUUAACAUCCAAAGAAAAAGAGACAAUUAACAAUUUUUUUGCCUACACACACUCAAUUCCAAUCAACAAUCAUCUUAAUCAUCUUCAUUUUCAUUAACACUUUUUUCAUGGCACCUUCACCUUCAAUCAUUGUUACCAUAUAAAUAUAUAAAUACUUAUCCUACCAAGUCAACAAUCAUAAUCAUCACAAUCCUGUUGAUAAUUAAAUCAUCACAAUCACAAAUUCAAAAGCUAUAAAAUGAUCAUCAUUAACAACCAGAUUACCAACAAUAAGCCAAACAAUCAGACUAAUCAAGAAUCUUCAAUCAAUUUUACCUACUAUUGGAUUGUAAUUGAAAUUGUUUCUCAUUUUAAUUGUUUAAUUUUUGUCAAUUUAUCUCAUAUUUUUGAUUACUUUCUCUUUGCUUGAUUAUAUUAUAAAUGAUCAGCAAACAAUUAACUUGGUAAAUUUUUACACACACGAGAAACAAAUUUAAUUUACAAUCAACAGGAAAAACUGAAAAUCCAAUCAGUAAUCAAUGUUGAUUACAAUUAAUCAUCAAUUUUGAGGUAAAAAUAUAGUCCGAUGAGAGCUACCGAUUACCCAGAAUGCAAUAAUUAACAAUAAUACAGCAAUUACGAGAAAAGUAAUCAAUAAUAAUUAAUUAUUAAUGCUAAUUAUUUACAAUUAAUAUGUAUAAAAAGUCAUACCGACCCAAAGACAAUGGAUUAACUCUGGAUAAUCUCAUCUACUUUUUGUUUUUUCUUGAUUGUUUUUCAUUUUAAUUUGUUUUUAUUUCUGUUUUAAUCCUUAUCCUUUUGAUAUUAUCAAUACAAGAUUAAAAAUGUUUUAGCCUUAAGGCUAUAAAGCCAAA